AUGCGUACUGACUGUCGGGUGUUAAGAAAGAUGGAUGUGCGGUGUUCGUUAUUCAAACUCUUAUUGUUCCAAAUGCUGGUGGCCUGGUGCGCCGCCAAGCAUGUCACGAUAGAUCUGACGAGGGAUGCUGGAGACGCGGACGAGAGGGAUGUCCAGGAUAGUAUAAGAAACCUAUUACAUACUGGUAUCUAUUCCCACCAACACCUGGACGCGUCGAAAGUGCAAGUGGUGCACCCUGUGAAGGUGACGACGCACGGCGAGCUGGUCUCGCACGCCGUCGACCACGCCCAUGCGCACGGGCACGCGCGAGCUCGCAGGGAUCUACAACACACGGAGCAACACCAGCCUCAUGUGGUUCAUUAUAACCUUACUGUCGAUGGCCGAGAACUCAGGCUGGACCUGAGGCCAUCAGUAACGUUUAUAACGCCAGCGAUGGUGGUGGAGCGCCACAGCGUGGAGGGGAGAACUCGGGACCAUCCUCAUCCAGCCGCUACUUCAUGCCACUACACAGGGUCAAUUAGAGGACAACCUGCCUCUACCGUCGCACUCUCAGCAUGUGAUGGACUUGCGGGUCUCUUGAGAACGGAGCACGGAGAAUAUUGGAUUGAACCAUCCAAUCAAAUACCGGCUGACAAGUCAGAACCAAGACCGCAUGUUAUAUUCAAAAGAUCUGCUGUCGAUAAAGUAGCCGCGUGGCACAGAGCUAAGAGAGAAGUCGACACUAGAACCAGAAGCAAUACUCAAAUUAGAGAUAAUCGGGAUAGAAAUCCAAGGCAAUAUAACAACAACCAACGAACUCGAGCUAACGCUAGACGAUAUCGCGAAAACAAAGAAGCAAUGGACAAGCGCAGACGAGAAUAUUUGGAACAAAGGCGAAGAAGAAUGGAAAUGAUGAGGAAAAACCCAGCGGAAUACAGAAGACAUCAAAGCAUGCUCCGCAUGGAAGAAAGAAGAUUACAGACAAACUCUAGAAGUCAGCCUAACUCUAGAAGUCAGCCUAACUCUAGAAGUCAAUCUAGUUCUUAUGAGAACAGUAGAUCAUUAGAUCAGGCGUCAAUGAAAUCGAGAAGAAGGAACCGGAAUAGGUUGACAGAGGCACAGAGGAUGCGCAUUAUAAGGAAUAAGCAACGACGAAAAAGAUCGAAAAAUUGCGCCACGAAACAGCCAACGUACCUUUGGCGAAAACAGAACUUACUAAAAUCAGAAGCAGCACGACACAAUUACGAUCACAGUAACAAGAUGCAGCACCAUCCUCAUUACCCGCAUCAUCACAAUAUGGCGCAGCGCACUCUGGAUGGCGCAAGACGAAGCACACGCUCCGUGAGCAAGCCGCGCCACGUCGAAGUUUUAUUAGUCGCCGACAAAUCUAUGACCGAUUUCCACGACCAGGGCAGUUUGGAAACUUAUCUGCUUACUAUUAUGAAUAUGGUAUCGUCGCUCUACAUGGACCCUUCUAUCGGUAAUUACAUAAAAGUGGUGGUUGUGAAGAUUAUCCUGGUGGAACAAAUCGAGGCAGCCCCAGAUCUAAAGGUAACGACGAACGCGGACAUAACCCUGGCCUCGUUCUGUCGGUGGCAACACAAGCUGAAUCCGGAGGGAGACAACAAUCCUCACCACCACGAUGUUGCCAUUCUAGUAACCAGGAGAGACAUCUGUAGCCAACACGACACUCCUUGUAGCACGCUGGGAGUAGCACACGUGGCUGGUAUGUGUAAGCCAGAUCGCAGCUGUUCCGUCAAUGAGGACAACGGCAUCAUGUUAGCGCACACCAUCACACACGAAUUGGGACAUAAUUUCGGUUUAUACCACGACACUGAGAAAAUAGGCUGCCAUCGACGUGAAGGUUCGACGCUGCACAUCAUGACGCCAAUCUUUGAAUCCGACACCGUUCAGGUGGCCUGGUCGAGGUGCAGCAAACGUGACGUCACCAACUUUUUAGAUGCGGGAUUGGGCGAAUGCCUAAGCGAUCGGCCUGCUCAAGAGCCAUCGUAUGUUUACCCCAAAGAUCCUGCCGGUGUAACGUUCGACGCGGCAAGUCAAUGCCACUUACAGUUCGGUGCGGAAGCUGUCGUGUGUGCGAAACCAACAGAGUUGUGUGAACAUCUGUGGUGCCUAGUGAACAACACGUGCAAGACUAUGCUGCGCCCCGCCGCGCCAGGAACCACUUGUGGACCCGAUAUGUGGUGUCAAAACCAGACCUGUGUUCCUCGUACUCCGUCACCGAAACCUCGAAACGGCGAAUGGGGCCCAUGGUCUGAAUGGAGCGAAUGUUCUCGAACGUGUGGUGCCGGGGUGUCCACACAGUCGCGCGAGUGCAACAACCCAGAACCCAACAACAAUGGCAACUACUGUAUUGGAGAUAGAAGCCGAUACAAGGUCUGCAACACCGACCCCUGUCCUAUCAACGAGCCCUCGUUCAGAGAAGUGCAGUGCUCCAAACAUAACAAUAUGACAUAUGGAAACGAAACUAUAGCCGAGUGGAUACCUUACUACGAUCAGGACAAACCUUGCGAACUACAAUGCGUGCCUCGCGACGGCAGCGAUGUGGAAAUGUUAGGCGGGUUCGUCGCCGACGGCACUCCUUGUAGACAAAGCUUGGGGGCGCGGGACAUGUGUAUAGCCGGUGUAUGCUACAAAGUCGGUUGUGACUGGAUAGUGGGAUCGGAAACCGAAGAAGACAAAUGUGGAGUUUGUGGCGGUAAUGGAUCGGCCUGCAAAACUGUGCAGGGCAUUUACAGCAAAGGAACUACUAGACAAUCUGGACUUAGCGAAGUUGCAGUCAUACCUGCCGGGUCAAGGAAUGUGAAAAUAGAAGAGAAAGUCAAUCCAGGCAAUUACAUAUCCAUUGGCAGCGCGAAGUCCAAUAAAAUAUACCUCACCGGAGCGAGAAAUGCAACUUUGACGGAAUACUUUGUAGCUGGAACUCAAGCUAUUUACGAACGAGACCGUGAUUGGGAGAAAGUACGGAUCGUAGGUCCGCUCGCAGAAGACAUCAAAGUUUAUCAAAGAAUAUACCGCGGCAGGCAUCGUAACCCUGGUGUGACGUACCAGUACACAGUGGACCAGCGCGUCCGUCGCCGGUACAAGUACCGCGUUUCUGAGUGGUCGGCUUGUUCUGUCACCUGUGGCGUUGGCUAUAUGAGGAGACAUCACGAAUGCGUCGAUGAAAAUAAUCGUGCAGUAGAACAGUCCCUGUGUUACCAUAUCGAGUCGCCGCGCCACGAGGCCCUGAUGCAGCAGUGUAGGCAGCCGGCCUGCCCUACUCAGCGAACACUUCACACACACUGGUGGGUGGGUGCCUGGAACCCGUGCUCCAAACCCUGUCACAUGCCGGGCGAAGAAGCAAUAAAACAGCGCGGCGUGUACUGCGUGGAUAAAAUAACAAACAAAGUGAUAGACGACUCUGAAUGCGACGUACUUACGAAACCAGUGAGCACAAUCAAAUGUGCAGACGUACCGGCUUGCUAA